UUCCUUCCAGGUUCUCAAACGUUUCCUUUGCAAAACAUGUCUUUCGCUCGCCUUGCCCUUCGUACUGUGACCCGUUCACGACCUGUGCUUGCAGUGUCCUCGAGACAGGCUUUGGCAUUCCGUGCGAACUACUCGGCAGCAGCGGGGUUGUCAAAGGAAACCAUUCAAACACGCGUACUGGAAGUACUAAAGGGCUUCGAGAAAGUGGAAGCAACCAAGCUCGCAAGUUCGUCUUCGUUCGCAGAUGAUCUCGGCCUUGACAGCUUAGAUGCGGUUGAGGUGGUUAUGGCCGUGGAAGAGGAAUUUGGCAUCGAGAUUCCAGACGCGGAAGCUGAUGAGAUAAAAACCGUCCAGCAAGCUAUUGACUAUAUCGCAAAGACACCAGAAGCUCACUGAGGGAUUGCUAGUGCAGUCAUUAAGCAGUCCCUAUACACGCUGUUACUCCUUUACACAACUGACUGCGGUAAAAUUUAAUGUAUCGCGUUUUUUACUAUCACAAAGUUGUGAAGCAACAUUCCCUGUACAUGGGAUGGUCUGUCAUCAAUAUGUUUGAUGAGGACUGGCGUCAACUGUCAAAC